AUGCCCACCAAAACCCUCCUCAUCAUCGGCAUAACCGGCAACCAAGGACACUCCAUCGCCACGCGGUUCCUCCACGACCCAACCUACCAUAUAAUCGGGCUAACGCGGAACCCAAACUCCCCGACCGCCCAAUCCCUCUCAGCGCAAGGCAUCACCAUCCUCGCCGCCGAUCUCAACGACCCCACCGCCCUCAUCCCCGCCUUCCGCGGCGCGAACCUCAUCUUCAGCGUAACCAACUACUGGGAGCCAUUCUUCCGCGAAGACUGUCGAAAACAGGCAGCGGAGCGGGGGAUCUCAUGUCGUCGGUACGCGUACGAGGUGGAAUUGCAGCAGGGGAAGAACAUUGCGGAUGCGGCGGCGGCUACGGUGGAUUCGCUGGAUGAGAAUGGGUUUGUGGUGUCGACGUUGAGUUAUGCGGCGGAGUGUAGUGGGGGACGGUUUGGGGAGUUGUAUCAUUUUGAUGCGAAGGCCGAGGUGUUUCCAAAUUAUGUGAGGGAGAGGUAUCCCGCGUUGGUGGGGAAGAUGUCGUGUGUCCAGACGGGGUUUUUUAUGACCAGUUAUAGGUUGGUUCCUGGGGCUUAUUUUACUAAAAAGAUGACGGAGAAUGGGGAGGUGUCGUUUGAGAUGACUUUUACGACGGCGCCUGAUGCGAGAGUUCCGCAUUUGGAUGUUAAUGCGGAUUUGGGGAACUUUGUUUAUGCGGUUUCGAAGAUGCCCCCUGGGAAGAGUUAUAUGGCUUGUGGGUCGUAUUGUAGCUGGGCGGAGUAUAUGAGGAUUUGGGGGAGGAUUAAUUCGGUCCCGGCAAGUUAUCGACAGAUUACUCUUGAGGAGCUGAUGGAGAAGACUCCCGAUCCGGAGUUUGGGUGUGAGGUAGGUGAUAUGUUUACUUAUUCGACAGAUCCGGGGUAUGAUGGCGGUGAUAAGGAACUGCUGACUGCAGAAGACAUACGCAAUGCCGGGAUAGAGUGUCCAAUGACCAGUUUGGAGGAGUGGAUUGAAAGAGAGGAUUGGUCGGCUGUCCUGAAUAGUGAAUAG